ACUAAAACACGACUGAAAGACCAUUGAAAAGAAAGAGAAGGGUUCCGGACUCCUUUACAGGGCAUCGGCGCAACGCGAAGCUACGAAGACUAAAACACAAUGAAUACAGUGACCGGCUCGCUUGAGCCGAAAGAGGGGAUGCCACCAUCACCAUUAUCAUCCAGCCCAUCAACCUCGGACCUAUCGCGUCAUCUUACACACGCAACUACACGACCUUCCAAGCGUGAGCCCGAUCUGGAGCUCGCGCGCACGAAAUCGAUUGCCGAAACGAUGUCACCGUUGCGCGAGUUCUUCUUCGUGGGCCUGCUCUGUUCUGCACAAUUCGUUACGCAGGCAGGAUUGCUCAACACACUUAACAUUCUGCAUAUCAUCGGCGGCGACCUCGGCAUCACCGACCCUGGCGUUCUGUCGUGGCUCAUUGCCGGCUACUCGCUCACCGUCGGAACCUUCAUCCUACUAUCGGGUCGCUGUGGUGACUUGUUUGGAUACAAGACGAUGGUUAUCGUCGGGUUCGGCUGGUUCGCGGUAUGGAACGUUGUGGCUGGGUGCAGCGUUUACGCGCCAGGGAACGGCGGGCAGGUGCUCUUUAUCUUUGCACGAGUUUUGAGCGGUAUUGGGCCAGCCAUUCUACUACCAAAUGCAUUGGGCCUCUUGGGCGCCACUUACGACGAGGGCAGAAGGAAGGAUAUGGUGUUCUCUCUUUUCGGCGCCUGUGCACCGAGUGGGGCCGUUGUUGGCGGUACAUUUGCUGGCCUCUGGUCGCUACUUUGGUGGCCCUGGACGUUCUGGGCAUUUGGUACCGUUCUGGUCUUCCUCGGUGGUCUGUCUUACUUUGUCCUACCAGCCCUUCCGAUCAAGAAGAAAGAGCAGAAUCUUACUUUCACGCAGAGAAUCGGCGAACUCGACUUGCUUGGUGCAACUGUUGGCAUCGCAGCCAUGAUUAUGUUCAAUUUCGCAUGGAACCAGGCGCCUGGAUUCGGUUGGGAGCAGCCCUACAUAUAUGCCCUGCUCAUUGUUGGCAUCAUACUCUUCCCUGUUUUCUUUUGGAUCGAGCUGAGGGUUUCGACAAACCCGUUGAUUCCCUUUGAUGCUCUGAGUACAGAUGUUACCUUUAUCAUGAUCUGCGAGAUGUGUGGGUGGGCAGCUUUUGGGAUCUUUAUCUACUAUUUCAUCCAAGUCGUACAGCAACUCCGAGAAACAUCACCGCUUCUCACUAUGGCUCAGCUUUGCCCGGUUGCCUUUUCUGGAUUGGUUGCGGCAAUCACGACCGGACACGUCAUCUCACGCAUCGGCCCAGGCUGGGUCAUGCUCAUCUCUAUGUGUGCGUUCACAGCCGGUAGCAUCGUUGUCGCGACUCUUCCUAUUCAUCAAAUCUACUGGGCGCAGACUUUCGUAGUCACACUGAUCAUUCCAUGGGGUAUGGACAUGAGUUUUCCGGCUGGCACGCUUAUCAUGAGUAAUGCAGUCCAAAAGCACCACCAGGGUAUGGCAGCAAGUUUGGUCAACACAAUCGUCAACUACAGCAUCAGUAUCGGAGUCGGUAUCGCAGGUACAGUUGAGACGCAUAUGAACAACGGCGGUCUGACCGAGGAGGAUGAGCUCAGAGGAUACCGUGCUGCGAUGUAUGUGGGCAUCGGUUUUGGAGCCAUGGGAGUUGUCACGAGUUUGCUCUUCCUGCUAAAAUUGCGCAUACGCGAGAUGCGGAUGACAAGCGUAAAUUGAGACAGCUGACUCGACAUGGUGAGCAUCUCGCCAUCGCAUAGAUAACACAAAACAUCGACUUGUUAAGAGUAGUGGUUCGCCAGUCAUUAGGUCAACUGAGAGGCUAUCGCGGACCUCACAAUUAAGUUCCAUGGCUUCUCAC